AUGUGUGUUCGCGACACCGGGCUGUCGGUCCGCGAAACGGUCCGCGACACCCAAGCCGCGCGGAGGCGCUCAUCGAUUCGCGAGGCAUCGCUCGUGCAGUUUUUCGACCCGACGCAAACCUCGGCGGACAACGGGAGCGCCACGGUUCUCUCAUCCGCCAUCAAUCUCUGCAACACGCUCAUGGGUACCGGCCUCCUUGCCAUGCCAGGGGUGAUGGAGCGCUCGGGCUGGAUUCCCGGGCUCGUGCUCAUGUUCCUCAUGUCGCUCGCCAACGCGUUCUCGGUCGAGGCGGCGGCCCGCGCCUCCAUCGUGAUCGACCUGGCCGUGGCGCUCAACUGCGUCGGCACGGCGUGUUCGUACGUCAUCGUCUCGACGGGCAACUUCGAGAUGACCUUUGGUGGGCCGCGCUUCCUGUGGGUGAUCGUGACCGUCGCCAUCGCGACGCCCAUCGCCUUCCUCAAGGACAUGGACUCGCUGAGGCACACCUCCUUCGCCGCCGUCGCCAUCCUCCUGUACAUCGUGCUCAUCAUCGUCUAUGCGCCGCUCGACCCGUGCGACAGCGACAAGGCCCAGCCCGAGUUCUGCCCGCCCGGCGACACGGCCGUCGUCACCGACUUUGCGGGGUCCGUCGGCGAGAUUGAGUCCAAGGACACGACUCUGGACCGGAGCCGCAUUCAGCGCGAGCUCCUCCGCCUGCGCACCUACUCGUUCGGCAGCAAGUUCGAGACGCAGCGCCUCCGCGUCGCGAUCACCCUCGGCUUCAUCGCCUUCACCACCCUGAUCGGGCUUGUUCUGGACGACAUCGGCAAGGUCGUUGACCUGAUCGGGUCCGUGUGCGGCUCGACGAUCGCCUUCGCUUUCCCCUGCUGGGCCUAUUUCAAGCUCUUCCCCGACCGGCGCGCCUCGCCCUUCUCCAUUAUCUCCUCGGCUCUCCUCGUCCUGGGCCUCGUGCUGAUCCCUCUCGGCGUCGCGCUCACGGUAGGGAGACGCGGAGCCACCACCCCUUCGCACCUCGCGGCGUGCAGCCCCCAGGACGCCGAAGCGGCGUUGCCGAUCGAGGCGACGCCGGCCGGGACGGGACGCCCCCGCUGCCUCGCCGCUUCCGACCAGGCGAGUACGGUGGUGGAGAAGCGGACGCUUGUCGCUGCGACCGAGGGCGGCUCGCCGUCGGCUGCAGAGGCGCCGGUUGCGAAGGAGGAGGAGGAGCCGCCGGCCGACUUCAUCUGCCCGAUCACAACCGAGGUCAUGGUCGAGCCAGUCGUGGCGGCCGAUGGGCAGUCGUAUGAGCGGUCGGCGAUCGAGCGCUGGCUCGCGACCAAGUCGACGAGCCCGCUGACCGGCGGCGAGCUCGAGCAUAGCAUCUUGAUCCCGAACCACAACUUGCGCCGGACGAUUCGAGAGUGGCAGGAGGCGCGGACGUCACCUUGA